GCAGGGGCUACGACCAUUACGAAGCUCUGGAGAGAUGCGCAAUCCGCCCACCACCAUCCUCUCUUGAUAUUGUCUCCCUUCAAUAUGAUGGAAGCUGGACAACCUGCGCCAGGCUCGCUGAGCUGGCGCCUGAGCUCGCACCCGAUCACACUACUUACCUUUCUGGCCUUUCGAAUUUCAAGCCUUCUGGUCUAUCUCUUCGGCCUGAUAUUCACAGAUAACAUGAUCAUGGUCUUCAUCGUCACCAUCCUCCUCCUUGCCGGCGAUUUCUACUACCUCAAAAACAUCGCCGGGCGUCGACUCGUCGGACUGCGGUGGUGGAACGAGGUCGACCCGGCCACGGGCGACUCGCACUGGGUCUUCGAGAGCAGCGAACCUGGCACCAAGACCGUCAACCCAACCGACAGCCGCUUCUUCUGGUUGGCGAUAUACGCGCAGCCGUUGCUGUGGAUCGCCCUCGCCAUCCUGGCGCUCGUCCGACUGAAGUUUAUCUGGUUGCCUCUGGUCGCAAUCGCUCUCGUCUUGACAAUCACCAACAGUCUCGCCUUCUCGCGCUGUGACAAGUUCAGCCAGGCGUCCAAUUACGCCGGCAACGCCUUCCUCUCGGGCAACAUUGCGGGCAACCUUGCCAGCAACAUGUUCGGGAGACUAUUCAGGUAGUAGGCAGGUUCUGCUCAAAGAUUGGAAGGCCGUACGACUAGGAGACAGGCGAUGGUCCUUUUUGGGGAGGGGAAUGGGCAUGAGAAUGUGAUGGCGAUGGGAAAGCGAUCCGUACCAGCAACGGGUCUAUCACGAUGACAAUGUCGGAGCACUCCACGGCGUCGGAUGUCAUGUUUAUCGGGGAUAUCCAUGUACAAUAAUAAUACAUUUGUUUAUUAGAUCGGCCGCCCUCCCUCUUUUUGUUUCCACGAGCGUUAGUCACUUGAGUGCGAGUUCAGACUUUGUGCGGAUGCUGGCAAUGGUGCCGAGCUUGAGCUACCUAGUCAUUUACAGUUGUGUCCAACGAUGUGCAACGUCAAUUUAUGAGACGGCCGAAAGUAUUUUGCAGAGAUAGCCCUGUCUAUAAACCCCCCUUCUUUGCUUGGGCGGCCAUCAUACCGUGAGAACGGCUUGUCCAAGAUGAGUGAAAAG